AUGGGUAUCUUUCACCAAGGCGGGGUGGUACCUGUCCAGCUCCAUAUGGGAAAUGUAACAAAUGCAGCAAAUGCGGUUUGGUGGAAAACCUACCAGCCUCCAACCUGGCUCCUCGGUGAGCCAUCAAAGAACGGCAAUAUUCCCCAACUCCUUACUAUAGAUCUCAUGGGUGCCAAGAUCUCUGUUCUGGUCAAUACCCUUCAGCCACUGGCACAGUGUGAUACGGGUGAGCAACAGGCAAACAACUAUCUUGUUGCUCCGUUGUCUGCUGUCGAUUUAGACGAGUUUGCUCUAGGGACGAACAAAAGCCUGCCCUUUUGGCUCAAGAAGGAGUGGGAGUACCAAAACCAUUUUAACAUGGAUGAUAUGGAUUUUGGUGAUGAUGGGUUCCUCCCAACGAUUGAGCGAGUGGUUGGUAGGAGGGGUUUAGGAGUGUGGAAGGUCGUCAGGACAGACUGUCCGGAGAAGGAUGAUCGAAAGAUGAAUUCGUAA